AUGAUUAUUUGGUCGUUUGCUUCUUUACCGGUCUCGCCCGCUCGUCAUUUCUUCAAACCCGAGUUUGUCGCCUUGUCACUUUGUCGAGCACUUCACCUUGCCGAACUCAUAGGCUCAUCACUUCGCCGAGCUUGCCAGAUCGUCACUACUCGCCGAGUCAUCACUUUGUCGAGCUUGCAGGCUUGUCACUUUGGCGAGAUCGCUGGCUCGUCACUUCGCCGAGCUUGCCGGCUUGUCACUUUACCAAGUUUCGCCGGAUCGUCACUUGGCCGAGUUGAUGGCUCGUCACUUCGACGAGCUCGCUAG